CGUGUGUCAGAGGACUGUCUGUGCUCCCAGAGUAGAUGAGCGCUCCAAACCUGCUCUCUGUUUGACUGACUGUGAGAUACGAGGAGGACUGGUCCGCGAGACACUAACCCGAGUCUGAUCAAGGUGAGCGUCUCCUCCUCCUCCUCCUCCUUCACCUCCUCUUCCUCCUCUCCUUCAUUUCUCCUGUUUGUCCUGAUUGUUGUCACUCUCUGUGAUUUUGUGUACACACGCCGUUUUUAAACCCUGAUCCGUGUUGUGGAGAGUUCUCCCGUGGAGUGGUCAGCGAGUUUGUGCGUCACGGUCACAUUUACGCACAUUCCCCUCUGAGAUUUGUGCGGUUUUUAAAGCCCACGGAGCGGUGAGUGUGGAAUCUGGUGGAGCAGACUGAGUGUCUGUGUGUGGGCUCAGACUCAGGAGUGGUUUUCAGGUGUGAGAGUGGGGCUGAUCCGAGUGUCUGUGGGGGGCUAACGCGUCUCUUCUUCUCCCUCUCCAGGUUUUUCGGUUGUGGGAUAGAAUGCCGGCGAUCAUCAGUAAAAACUCCGACCUGGAGUUUGACUCUUUACAGCCGUGUUUCUACCCGGACGAGGACGACUUCUACUUCUGUGGUCCCGACUCUGCGCCACCGGGGGAGGACAUCUGGAAGAAAUUCGAGUUGUUGCCCACUCCGCCCCUCUCCCCGAGCCGAGCAGCGCUACCGGGGGAGCCGGCGACUGCCUCCCCGGAAGUAGACCCUCUCGGCUUCGGCUUGGGGGACCCUCUGGACUGGGCUUCUGAGCUCCUGCUGCUGCCGGAGGACGAUAUCUGGGGGGCGUCCGACGAUGGGGACCUGUUCGGCUCAGUUAUGGAUACUACUAACCCCAACAGCAUCAUUCUCCAGGACUGUAUGUGGAGUGGGUUCUCCGCGAGGGAAAAGCUGGAGCGGGUGGUCACGGAGAAACUCGGAAAGGCUAUUUCCACGGCCGCAGGAGGCGGCAGCAGCAGCAGCAGCGGCGGCAGCGGCAGGAGCGUGUGCGUCAAGGCGCCGGAGGUGGUGAGCCGCAGCUCGGUGUCAGAGUGCGUGGACCCCACUGUUGUCUUCCCUUUCCCGGUCCACAAGAACGGAAGCAGAGACUCAACCGGGACCGUUACCACGGCCACGACGCACGCGAGCAGCCACAGUGAUUCCGGUAAGAGUCUGCUGACGAUGCGCUCGAGCCUUUUGUUUUGAUUUCCUGAGAGAGAUUCACGCAAACUGAAGAGUCACGCUGUUCACGCAGCGUCGGUGUUGUUGUUGUUGAUAUCGGUCUGAUCGGAGCUUGUUCAUAUGACCGGCCCGGAAUCGGAUUAUCUCGUUACAUUCCACACACACACACACACACACACACACACACACACACACACACACACACACACACACACACACACACACACACACUGGAGUGUAGUGACACAGUGAACGGGGUUUAUGUAAUCAGCGGGCUCUUCCUCCGGCAGAUGGCGGUAAAAAGAGGAGCUGUGCGCCUUCUUGAACUCAGUUGGCAUCAGAGCCAAACAAAAAGAGAGCAGAGAGUCCGAGAGGACGGCAGCAGGUCCGGGUCCUUACAGAGGAGACAUGAAAAGGUGUUCAGUCAUGUGAUGAGAUGAUGAGAAAGUGUCAGGUUCACGGCGCGCCACUGCUCUCAUUACGCGUGGAUCAGGAGACAAUUUACGCACAGUGGGGGAGAAAUUGGCACUGAUUUGGACUUAGUGUGAACAAACUGAGACGUUUAGAGCAAAAUUAACCGAGAGGAGUCAGAAAAUUCACACACCAGGAGGAGUCCACACCGGCGCGUGUCUCCUCUCAUUAUUUGGAGGUGUCAUAGGAAGCGUUUAUUCGGAGGAGGUCUGUCUGUCUGUCUGUCUGUGCGCAUUUAAUCGCCCCGAGACUUCACCUCCCAUCUAUUACCGCCUCUGAGUUCCCUAAACAAACACUCACGGGCGCUUAUCAGCGUGUUUUCGCUGUGAAACAGAAGUACAAAGGCCUCCAGCUUGGCACAGAGGGCAGACUGAGGCAGCCCUGCCAAACACCUCCUCCAAAGAGAAGAAAAGGGAGCACGGAGGAGGGCCCAGGCUGGCUGACUGCUCCUGCUUCUUCUUCUUCUCUUUUAAGGGGAGGGUGACAGCUUUGAAACAAGCGCUCCAUCCCGACAGCUGUCUCCCUGGCGCCGCUCCAGCUCCGAGGCUUAAAAAGGGGGGGCGGUGGUGGUGGUGAUCAGAUCGCCUGCCGCACCGCCACAAUCCAGGGGCGUUCAAAUGCGCUUCCGCCGCUCGCAGCGUUAAGACGCGUCCUGCUUUGUGUGGUUUUCUCAUCAAAGAGGGGCAUUUGGAAGGCUUUAGUCCCGUAUCAAGACCAGGAUCUAUUAAAGAGGCCUUGGUGGAGGGGGGGAUACACGGAAUUGACGCCUUGAAAGAAGAUCUUAUCUUCUGCUGGAGGCUCAUAUUUUAUCUCCAUGCACAGAAAUGUUGAUCCUUUCUUCUAUUUUUACAAACCAGCUUCAGUCAGAGAGUUUCUGAUUCUGAGAAACAGAACAAACACCAAACAGGACAAAUCAGAGCUUCACAUGUGGCAGGCGGGCCACGCCCCCUCAUCCAGCCAGCUGUGCCCAGCUUUGUUUUGAUGGCAGCAGCCAGACUGUGAGUGUGAGUGUGUGUGUGUGUGUGUGUGUGUGUGAGGCAGCGUCCCGGUGUCUGAAGUGGGUUACUGUAAGCUGUAAAAUGCCACACUCUUCUCAUGCUCCUGAGCUGAUAAUGAGAGCCGCCAUCAUCACAAAGACAUUUCUCAUUUCUGCUCUCAUCUUCAGAGUCCAUGAGGAACCUCAGCUGCUCUCAUUUCAGAGGGUUUAACCCUUUAGUGUCAUAUUUAUACAGACUUUUAUCAAAUCAAUACAGUCGAUAAAUGAUCAAAUGUCCUUGUAGUUCAUCAGUGUCCAAAAACAUCGAAUGAAUCAAACCAGAUCAAUAAAUUUGUCAAAUUUGAAGGACAUUUUGAUUCUUUUAGUAAAUAACCGUUUUAGUUUGUGGUUUCAGGCGUUAAAGUGUUACUGAUGAAGCUCGACCAGAAGUUCGACUUUCCUCCUAAAUUUGGUUCAUCAGAGGUCAAAGUUCAAGCGUACUUUCCUUAAUGCCGCCGAAACUAAAGCGAAGUUCUCUGAGAGACUCUGAAGGCGUCUCGUCUCGGUGGAGAAGAUUAGGAGAAGUUCUGCAGGAGGGUUCGAGUCUGAGACUCAACAUGUCAACGCCUGCAGGCGAGAUUAACGGAGGAGUGACUGACACUAAGCAUUAAGAGGCUCUGCUUAUGAAAACAGCGUUGGGCAACACUCCUGCUCACACACACACACACACACACACACACACACACAGAUACUGUACAUUCACUCUCACACACAUACCUGUCACCUGCUGGUGCACAUACACGGCAUUGUGGGAAUAUUUGGUCUGUCAGAGCGACUGAGUCACUAACUCUGUUUUCUGUCUCCAGAAGAGGAAGAUGACGACGACGAUGAAGAAGAAGAAGAAGAAGUAGAAGAUGAAGAAGACGAGGAAGAGGAUGAGGAGGAUGAAGAGGAGGACGAAGAGGAGGAGGAGGAGAUCGAUGUGGUCACAGUAGAGAAGAGGCGCUCUACAGCCAGCAAGGCGUCGCCCAUGACGACGGGAGGCGUCACCGUCUCUGUGCACCCGAGAAGCCAAGAGUCCAGGGCCGUGAUCUCAGGGUCUGGGGGUCAGGUGGGUCGAUUCGUCAGCCGGGCCCCCCAGGAGCUGAUUCUGAAGAGGAGUUCAGUCCACCAGCAGCAACACAACUACGCGGCGCCUUCGCCGUACGCCUCAGACGACGACCCCGCCCCGCCUCCAAAGAAGCAGAAGACAUCAGACGCCCCACGCCCCCCAACGAGGACCAUCUCCUCCUCAUCCUCGUCGUCUUCCACGUCCUGCAGCUCCUUCACCAGCAUGUCGGGGGCGCGCAGCAAACGCAGCGCCAGCGGCGACAGCAGCCCGCGCGGCAGCUCCGACUCGGAGGACAGCGAGCGCCGGCGCAACCACAACAUCCUGGAGCGCCAGCGCCGCAACGACCUGCGCUCCAGCUUCCUGACUCUGCGCGACCACGUGCCGGAGCUGGCGCACAACGAGAAGGCGGCGAAGGUCCUGAUCCUGAAGAAGGCCACCGAGUACGUGAGCUCGCUGGAGACGGAGGAGAUGAGGCUGCAGCAGGAGAAGGAGCGUCUGCAUGCGCGCCGCCAACAGCUGAUGAGGCGGCUGGAGCAGACACGGACUCGCUAACGGACAACCACUACAAGACGGGAACACACACACACACACACACACACAGACCCUGUUUGACCCCGCCCUGCAAGAACACACACUCACACACACACACACACACGGAGGCCUAUAAACUUAAGCACACACACACGUGGGCCUGCAGACCUGUUCAUCUCAGAGGACGUUAAUCUUCAGGCGACACACACACACCUGCAGGAGGCGAAGGGGGCGGGGCCGCAGGGACGCUCGGACUUUCACUGCCGCCACUUUUUUUGCACAUUUGUUGACGUUAAGAAUGUUUAGGGUUUUACUUUUUCAAUUCAGUCACACCGAGGAACGACGAGGAAGGAGAGAGGACUUGUUUUUGGAGGUUCUUCCCCUUCCUCGGGUUUUUAUAUCAUUUCUUUUUUUUUGUAUCUCGUUGUUGUUUUUUUAUUUUUGUGUUGUCGUCGUUGUCGUUGUUGUUGUUGUUGUUUUUGUACUCACUGUGACACCAGCCGGGGAUCGGAGGGAUUCCCACAUGAUGGAUGGAUGUCUAAGGGCACUUUGCUUGGGGAGUUCAUGUACAAGAAGCAGUGCACACUUACGUAACUUUUGCCUUCACCACUGCAAAAAAAAAACAAACUGAAACUGAAGAGACUUUUUUCUGAGGCGCUCUCGUUCACAGAUGCCACUCCAGGUCCUCUCUCACUCUCUCACUCCCUCGCUCGCUCGCUCACACUGGUGCUCAAACCAAGUUCAGUGGAUGUAUACCUGUGCACCUUGUUAGCCGACACUUUUGUACAUAACAAUAGUGUACAGUGACAGAAUAAUACACUCAGAUCUGCCUUGUUUUGUAAAACAUUUGUCGUCCUUGUUUUUUUGAUAUAUAUAUACAUGUUUUUCAGGAAGCUGCCAAUAACUAGACUGGAAGUUUAUAAACCUUUAAAGUACUGUAAAGCCUCCAUUUUGGAGGGUCAUGAACUUUGUAAUAUAACAAUAUAUUGUUUUUUUUUUUCUCCUUUAUUUCUUUGUAUUGUAUCAUAUUACUAAUUCUACACACCUUUAUGCUUUUAGUGUGAACCUGAUACAUACUAAAUUUGAUACUUAUAUUUUCGUAUGAAAAUGAGUUCUCAGUAGAUAAUAUCACUUUAUCUGGUCCUCCUCUUCCUCCUCCUCCUCCUCCUCUUCCUCUCUGAAAUAAUAAUGAUGAUGACUCUUUUGUACAGACAGAAAUCAGCUCUAUCAUGUACCUGGCCUUUUUUACUUUCUUCUUCUUCUUCUUCUCCUUUUGUUUAUAUUUGUAACUAUCGGGUGCAUAGAACUGGGUAAACGGAUAUAAAGAUGUUUGUUUUUUUCACUUUUAAAAUGUACAUUUAGUGCUGCAACUCAUAGCACUUUGAAAUACCUCAUUUUGAAAAAUAAAUAGACAUCAUAAAACCGUAAUUCCUGCCUGGGUGGAUGUUUUGACCUCUGUUUUGACCCCGCCCCCCUCGCUCUCUCUCUCUGAUUUCUCUGUUUUUGUUUUCCCGCUCAGAAAGACUCGUCCUGACAAAGAAAUAAAGAGUGUCUUCUGAAUCCUCUCUGUCUCAGCACCCUGCGGCUGCCUCCCCCUCUGUAGCCUCUCACACCCACCCACACACACACCUACACACACACACACACACACACACUUCAAGUGCUCUGCUCGCACACACACACACGCACACACACACACUCUCUCUCUUCUCUUUCUCUAUUUCUGUUUCCCUCCCUCACCGGCGCAGCCCUUCCUACUACAUUGUUCAAGCCGUUUCCAUGGAAACUGGAGCAGCUGCUGAGUGGCAGACACCGAGAGUGAGUCUUUUAUUUGUCUGUUAGUAGUCUGUGUAUUUCUGCCCGUGUGUGUCUGUGUGUGUGUGUGUGUGUGUGUGGGUAUGAAUGCAAAUGUGUGUAUGUGAGUCUACCUUUUGUCCCGGUCUGUGUGUGGCCCGGGCGCCUGAUCUCGGCGGCGUUGUGCGCUGCCUGCCACUGUGCCAGGACGAGGCUGGAUACUGUUUACCAACAUCAGCCACAUGGCUCUGGCCUCCUCCUCCUC